AUGAUUCGAUUAAUUGCGCUAAUUGCCUGCCUAAUUGUCAAUGAUUGCGUUGCGAAUCUGAUGGAGAUGGCCGCCGUCGCCGAGGGACCCAUCAGUCCCAAUUAUUGCAAUAACAGCGAGCUUCUCGACGAGGCCGGAUUGAUUCGCGCGACACUCGGCCAAUUUCUUGGCUAUGAUUGCAGCGAGGAGUUCUACCAUUGCAGAUGGCAAAGCGACGGCUAUCGGACCUAUCGGAAGAAGUGUAAACCAGGUCUCGUCUAUGACGUGUCGGGAACCCAGAAUUGCAAUUACGAUUACAAUGUGAAAAGUUGCGGAAUUCGAAGCGGAGGACCAACACAGUGCAACGCCACCGAUUUCCAUUGCUCGCUGUCCGAACAAUGUGUGCCGAUGUCGGCGCGUUGCGACGGCCACUAUGAUUGCGGUCUCGAGGAGGAUGAGCAGAAUUGUCCGUUGUGCACAGCCGGCGAGUUCGCGUGCAAGGUGUCGGAGCAAUGCAUUCCGAUCGAUCGCCGAUGCAAUGGAUUAGUCGAAUGCGAUGAUGGCACAGAUGAAAGGGAUUGCGAUGUGUGCGGUCACGGCCUAUUCCAUUGCUCGAAGAGCAACGAGUGCAUUCCGAUGGACGAGCGUUGCGACGGUCGACGGCAAUGCCCGCACGGUGAAGACGAGAUGUUGUGCAAAAAACUCGACGUCGACAAAAAAUUUAUGUGUCAAUCGCGCGAUUACGAGAUCGCGUUCAAUCAGGUGUGCGACGGUGUGCCGCAAUGUCCCGACAACUCCGACGAGGCCUAUUGUGAUGUGCCGAAAAUCGUCGGCGGCAUAACGUUCUCAUCGAAGCCGGUGAACGAGUUGCCGCCGCCGGCUCCAGCUCCGAAAGUGGUCGAGGAGGAGGACGACGAGGAUGAGUAUGAGUAUGAGGAGGUGCAAGACGAAAAGCCGGCGCCAUUCCCAAUGCUUCCAAUCAUCAAUUUGCCCAAGACUGCUGCUGUCACCACAACCACCACCACCACCACCACCCAUCGCCCACCACUCGCGCCAAGACAGCGAACCGUGAAGCCGGCGUUCAGUAGGCCUCGUCCGAAAAUCAACAACGUCAUGGAGGCGCGAACGACGCAAGCGCAGAAUUUCGUGCAGCCGACAUUCGUCGAUGUCACCUCGCCACCGGCGACACCGGCGACGGCGACGACGCGCUAUCCGACGAGACCGGUGUCGAGCGGACGGCCGUCGGUGACGCGCAAACCGUUGACGAUCAACUCGACGGGCUCACCAGCGAUUUCCCGCCGACCAGACGUCGCGCCGAUCGCCACGAGUCGCCACGCCCGUCCCAAUGAGAAGGUGUUCAUAAUGCAGGUGACGGCGUCGCCGCGCGCCACACACCAUAACGCACCACCAAUUGCACCAACGGCGAAAUCGUCGGCUAGUCAUGAAAUUGGUAGUUCAGCAGCGUCGACGGGCACAACACACCAGAGCGGCGAGGAAUCGCGAAUGGCGUCGUCGUCAUCGUCGAGACAGGAUUUGUUGAAGCAGAUCGCCGAGCAGUUGAAUGGUGGAAUGAAUGAAGAACUAUUGGCCAAAAUCGAGACGAUAAUCAAUUCUGAGAGCGCGCCGACGAGAGAAGCCCAUCGGCGACGAAAGCCGACAAGGUAG